CGUGUUCUGCGCUUUGAAUUGUGGGUAAAACAUGUCGGCUCCCUGUGGUCUCCAUCCUGAGGAGCGUCUCACCUUUAAUGUGAACUCAGAGUUGUAGCAGGUUAUAAACCCGGGUAGUCUGGUUCCUAACAUUACCUGAGAAGAUGUCUGAGCUCCACCGGGGGGAGAGUGUCUCCGGUCCCGGUCCCGGGCUCUCCAGAGCGGUGAUCUCUGAGAUGCUCCAGAAGAACUUCGAGAAGCUUCCUGACAUCGAUCAGAAGGUCUUCCGGUACGGCCCGGUGUACCUGGGGGGUAACGGAGGGCUGGCUGGUCUGGUGGCGAACAGCUUGUACCGGAGAGCUCUGAACGUCAGACAGGCUGCGUUCUCCUCCAGCCUCCCCAUGGCGGUGCUGCCCUUCAUCACCACCUACGCGCUCUACACCGCCACGGUGUCUGCGCCUCUGCUGUCAGGUGACCUCAACUGUCCCACCUGUGCCCUGAUGAGAGGAGCGCUGGUCGGUGUGGUGGGUGGAGGUGUGUACCCCAUCAUCCUGGCUCUACCUGUGAAUAUCGGCCUGGCGACCAGGUACAACACAGCACCGAUGCCGGAGAAGGGCAACCUGCUGCGGUUCUGGAUGGACCUCUCCAGGCCGGUUCUGAGGCGGAUGAGGGCGGUUCUGGUGCUGCAGGCGGUAUUCGGUACCUACCUGGGCUCCAGGCACUUUGACACCUACAACAAACUGGCUCAGAUCACAUUCGGCUCAGGUGGAGAGGAACUCGGAGAAUAAACAUGUACUCAACUUUGAAAUAAACACAUUGUUUGCAGUGAU